CGUGGGAGGAGAUGAUGGCCGGGAACACGCGAGACCUGCUCCUUGCUUGCAUCUUCUUGCUGAUCAACUCCGCGUCGGCUGAAGCACCCUAUAGAUUCUUUGGUUGGAACAUCACCUACGGCGAAAUAAGACCACUGGGCGUCUCGCAGCAGGGAAUUCUGAUCAAUGGCCAGUUUCCGGGUCCGACGAUUGAAAGCCAGACUAACGAGAACUUGAUCAUCAAUGUUCACAACAAUUUACCCGAUCCGUUUCUGCUUUCAUGGAACGGUUUGCAGCAACGCAAGGACUCGUGGCAGGAUGGCGUGUCCGGCACCAAUUGCCCAAUCCCGCCGGGCCAGAAUUUCACUUACCACUUGCAGGCUAAGGACCAGAUCGGCAGCUUCUUCUACUUCCCGUCGCUGGCAUUCCACAAAGCUGCCGGCGGCUUCGGCGCAAUACGCAUCCACAGCCGGCCGUUGAUCCCCGUCCCGUUCCCCUCGCCGGACGACGAGUACACUGUGCUCAUCGGCGACUGGUACACCGCUAGCCACAAGGCGCUACAAGAUUUGCUGGACAGUGGAAAGGAACUGCCUUCCCCUGAUGGCAUCCUGAUCAACGGGAAGAGGAGUCCAGACGGUGCAAAUUUCACAGUUGAGCAAGGAAAGACAUACAGAUUGCGCAUUUCCAACGUCGGUCUGCAGAACACGCUCAACUUCCUCAUCCAAGGGCACAAUAUGACACUGGUCGAGGUGGAGGGCACUCACACGGUUCAGAACUCGUACACCUCCGUCGACGUCCACGCCGGCCAGUCGCUCUCCGUGCUGUUCACCGCCGACCGCCAGGCCAGGGACUACCACAUCGCCAUCUCCACCCGCUUCAUCAACACCACCCUCCGCUCUACCGCCGUCAUCCGCUACGCUGGUUCAAGUGGCCCAGCUUUCGAGGCAUUACCCGAUGCACCAAGCGACGUCGAUUUUUCUCUGAACCAGGCUCGCUCCAUCAGGACGAACAUGACGGCGAGCGGGCCGAGGCCGAACCCGCAGGGCUCGUACCACUACGGCUCCAUCAACGUGACCCGCACCAUCCGGCUGGCCAACUCGGCGGGGUCGGUCGGCGGCAAGCUGCGGUACGCCGUGAACGGCGUCUCGUUCGCGGAGGCCGACACGCCGCUCAAGCUGGCGGACUACUACAACAUCAGCGGCGUGUUCCGCCUCGGCGGCAUCCCUGACGCGCCGCCGGCUGGCGGCGCCACGGAGGAGGUGCGGAGCGAGACGGCCGUCAUGGACUCUGACCACCGGUCCUUCGUCGAGGUCGUGCUCGAGAACAGCGAGGACGGCGUCCAGAGCUGGCACCUCGACGGCCACAGCGUGUUCGUCGUCGGAAUGGACGUGGGGACAUGGACCGAGCAGAGCAGGGACAGCUACAACCUCGUGGAUGCAGUAUCGCGAUGCACCGUGCAAGUAUACCCAAGAGGGUGGACGGCGGUUCUGAUCGCGCUGGACAACGUGGGCAUGUGGAACAUGAGGUCGGAGGUGUGGGCGCGCCGGUACCUUGGCCAGCAGUUCUACCUCCGGGUGUACACGCCGACGCCCUCGUUCCGCGACGAGCUCCCCAUCCCGGAGAACGCGCUCCUCUGCGGCCGCGCCGCCGCCGCCACCAGCAGCCGCCGCCCGCCCGUCUCGCGGCCGCGCUACUAG